CCGCCGCCCAGCCCCGCCGCCCAGCCCCGCUCCGCCGCCGCCGCCGGGCUCGGGAGGAUGGAGGGCUCCCGGGAGACGUCGCCGUCCUCCACCAACUCCUCGGACGAGCUCAGCUCAGCCCUGCAGCUGUCCAAGGGCAUGUCCAUCUUCCUCGACAUACUGAGGAGAGCGGAUAAAAAUGAUGAUGGAAAAUUGUCCUUUGAAGAAUUCAAAGCAUACUUUGCAGAUGGUGUUCUGAGUGGAGAAGAAUUACAUGAACUCUUCCAUACCAUUGAUACACAUAAUACCAACAACCUUGACACAGAAGAACUAUGCGAAUAUUUUUCCCAGCACUUGGGCGAAUAUGAGAAUGUACUUGCAGCACUUGAAGACCUAAAUCUCUCCAUCCUGAAGGCAAUGGGCAAAACAAAAAAAGACUACCAAGAGGCCUCCAAUUUGGAACAAUUUGUAACUCGAUUUUUAUUGAAGGAGACCUUGAAUCAGCUGCAGUCUCUCCAGAAUUCUCUGGAAUGUGCCAUGGAAACUACUGAGGAACAAACCCGUCAAGAACGGCAAGGGCCCACCAAGCCCGAAGUCCUGCUGAUCCAGUGGCCUGGAAAGCGAUCAAAUCGCCGCAUCCAGAGACACAACAGCUUCUCCCCCAAGAGCCCUCAGUUCAGUGCCUGCGCUCCAGCCUUAUUAGAAGAAGAUAACCAGUGGAUGACCCAGAUCAAUAGACUCCAGAAAUUAAUUGAUCGACUGGAAAAGAAGGAUCUCAAACUUGAACCACGGGAAGAAGAAGUUAUUGAAGGGAAUACUAAAUCUCACAUCAUGCUCGUCCAGCGUCAGAUGUCUGUGAUAGAAGAGGACUUGGAAGAGUUCCAGCUUGCUCUGAAACACUAUGUGGAGAGUGCUUCGUCCCAGAGCGGAUGCUUGCGUAUUUCCAUACAGAAGCUUUCCAGUGAAUCUCGCUACAUAAUUUAUGAGUUUUGGGAGAACAGCAGUGUGUGGAAUAGCCACCUUCAGACGAAUUAUAGCAAGACAUUCCAAAGAAGCAACGUGGAUUUCUUGGAAACUCCAGAACUCACAUCUACUAUGCUAGUUCCUGCUUCGUGGUGGAUCCUGAACAACUAGAUGUUCCUAGACAUUUUCUUUAUGGUUCCAAGUGGAAAACAAGUAUUCUAAUCUAAAAUGUGAAUUAGAAAAUUCUCAGCAGUUACUAAUCUACUCUAUACUUUUGUUUAAUUAAGAUGUGUGCUCUUCUAAAAUGUCUUGUAUAUCUUUCAUGUGAAGUUUAGCUAAAUUUUCAAAGUUCACUCUUCUCAAUAUUUGCUGUUUUGCUACACUGUAACCUAAAACCCUUUAGUGGCAAAAUCCUAAUUUGUGAAAAAAGUAUACCCAUAAAGGAACAAAGUUGUGAAAAAGAAAUGAUAAAAAAUAAUUGAAGUGGGAACUUUGAGAAUAUUACUUCAUAGGAUAGCUUUUGUAGAUUUGUCAGACUAUCAAGGUUAAGUCAGUGUUUUGUCAUUUUUAAGUAACUGAUUUUCUGUGAAUGAAGUUUAUUCUUCAGUAACGCUCACUCCACUCCCAGCUCAUGAUCUUAUGAGUAUUUACUUUACUGGAAAAGCUAAUAUGUGAUCCAAAAUGGUGUCCUUAUGCAGAGAGAGCAACAGCAGGUGUACAGAGAAAAGGCCAUAUGAGGACACAGUAAGAAGGUGCCAACAUCAAACCAAGGAGAGGCCUCGGAAGAAAUCAACCUUGCUAGCACCUUGAUCUUGGACUUCCAGUCUCUAGAACUGUGAAAAAAUACUUUCUGUUUUUUAAGCUAAAGAAAUAAUAUUAAUACAUGAGCAUACAAUAAUCUUGGCUAUAAUCUAUAGACUCUGUAUAGUCCUGUCAGGUUAUAAACUGGUUUUUCACAAGUGAACAAUUCUGUGAUAGGAUACCAUAUAGUACUGUGACAUCAUUAUAUCAUCUAUUAGCAUCAUAAUUCCCUGUAUGUAAGUUCAACAAAUCAAGAGAAUAGAGUUUUACUUUGAGAAAAUCUGAUUCAAAUGUUUUAGCAUAUGAUCCUAGGGGACUAAUUUUCUUAUGAAAAAUAGACAUUUGCCUUUAAGUAAUGAUUUCAAGAUAUUUAAAGAACAAAAUUUUAACCUAAGUGAACAAAGAAGAAAUGUAAAACAAGCAUAAAACUUUAAUAAAAUAGGGAAGGUAGUAGACAUACCUUUUCCAGUUUUAACACCAGAAAGACAAUUCUACUUUCAUCAGAACAGUUAUGUACCUAAUAUACUUUGCUAUACAAGCUCAUAUAUUUUUAAUAAAAUCUAUUCCGAUAAAUGCUGAUGAAAAUCCGGUGCAUAUGGAAGUUUGUUACCAUGUUAUUCUGUAGUCCAGAUUCUCUUGAAACCACAGGUCUUCAAGGAAAACCUGUAAUUUUUUUUCCACUGUUAGAAAACUGAGAAGGUUGAACUAAACUGUUUUUUUUAAAUAUAAAAUUUGACCUACAAUAUUUUCUCAAACUAAUUUAUAUUAGCUCCUAUCAAAGGUAUACCUUUGUAUACUCAGUCCUCAUCUAUCUAAGUAAAAAAUUUUUUCAUAGCUUCUACUAGAUAAGGACAGUAAAUUUUGACAUAUACACACACAUAACACAAAUGUGCGUAUUGUGUGCGCAUAUAUAUGUGUGUGUGUGUCUCUGGUCAUUUCUAAAGAUGACAAACACUAUGAAACAACACCUGGCUCAACUCUUUUAAUUUAUAUACAAAGCAGAGAACAUUAAUGGAGAUGUACAAUGAUUAUUCAAACAAGCUAUACAUAUGUACAAAGGCAAACAGAUAAUAAAACAGUCUUUCUAGUCUCACUCUGAUUAUAUACAGUGACUUUUGACAUAUAUAAACUCUUCUUGAAAAGGCUGGUUAUGAAUGGUUUGAAAAAUACAAAUUAUAGUCAAUCAAAACAUUUUUCAGUAUUAGAUUCAGAAACUACCUAAGUCUUUUGAGUGUAAAGCAGUUUCCAAAGUAUGGUGGUGGUCUGACUUUAAAAAGGUUUCUGCCCUCAGUAACAUGCUGAGCAGAAUGGCUCUUUAGAUUCCAAACUGGAAUAGGUUCUAUCAUAGUUUUUUUUUUUUUAACUUUAAGAAUAGGUAAAUAAUAAAGCAAACCAAUUUAAUUAUAUGGUAAUACUGACCUCAGCUCUUAUAUAAAUUGUGUGUGUGUAUAUGUACAUCCAUACACACUGAAACCUAUAAUAUAAAGGGAAAAUAGGACAAAAAAUCUGGGCCCUAGGUAUAAAUGUUUUAUUUUUAAGUAACCUAUAAAUUUAUGGUUUUAAUGUAUUUUUCCCUAUAAAAAACAUUUUCCUGGGGAACGAAGUAAUGAAAAGUAAUAUACUAAAAGACCACAAUGGGAAGCCUACCAUGUACUAAAAGCUUGAAUCCAGGUAAUAAGCCCAAAACCAGUGAAGAAAAAGUUACUGGUAAAUCAGUUUAAGAUAAAUUUUUUGCCAAAUGGUGGUCUUGGAUGCCUUGCCAGUAGACCUGGGGAUCUGUGAGAGUAGAAGUAGGGAGAGUUUACACUUACCUUUAUAUCAGCAAUUUUUUUUGACACUAUGCUGGAAGAAACUUUUUUCAAUAGUAACAUCCAGAGUGACAAAAUGCAGGAAAUUUAUUACAUAAAAUUUCUAGGAGGUAAAAGUUUAACCCCCAAAUUCUUCAUCCAUACAUGUUCUUGCUAUAAGAAAUUACAGAAUUAAAACUUAAUGUACCUCAGUUAUUUGCAAAUGCCUAAAUUUUUCCUCCUUUGGAAAUAAAAAUAUCAGUUUUAUUUUGCAAUUGCCCAACUUCUUUUGUUAUGUAGUCUGAUUAGAGACAACAAAUAGCAGCUAUUUUUCACCUUCAGUUUCAUUUUUUUCCAAAUUGUCAAUCUCUGCUAGUAAUUAUGAAUCUUAAACAAUUUUAUCAAAAACCUAGAGACCAAAGACAUGCCUAUUAAAAUAGUCUCCUUCCUGUCACUGGGAACUAUGCAUCGAACAUCCUGGGUCAUUCUAAGCCUCAGGAGAGAUUGUAAAGAUCCUUUCAAAGUGCUGGUAUGAAAUCAAUGGGAAAAAGAAAAGCCAACUUUAAUAGCAACAAGAAAUUAUGUACCAUAUAUACAUCAUAGCAAAUACUUUAUAUUUGAGAAUCUUUACAGCUUACAUUUCCAUUCCAUUAUUAUGAGAUGAAAAACAAAAAAUUGCAAGUAGCAUGCAAAUUAUAAAUACAGCCUUCCACUUUACUAAACAAAUUCUUACUUUCCAGUGUUACUUCCCAAUUUAUGCAGGAAACUGCCUGCAAAGCUGAAACUGAUUAGAAAAUUCUUUAUAGUUUAAAAUAUCUUUCUCAUUUUAGGAGAAACCAAAUACCCAACCAUCAAAAUUAAAAAUAAACUGAAUUGUCAGAGUCCAUUACAGUUAUUGUUACUAGAUCCACUUCAUUUGCAGGUGUCCAAAAUAUAAAACAAAUAAUUCUUUAUCUUCAAAUUCAUCUGUUCUUAAAAUUCUACUUAAAACUUUGGUGGUUUUCCUGUAACAUAGAAGAAAAAGUUAAUUUAUCAAUUAGCUCGAAUGAAUACAGUUUUUACUACUUAACUUAGUUUAUCAAACCAAAUACUGUGAUCCUAUUAAGUGUUUACAGAUCUUAAGUGCAUGUUACUAUAGAAAGUAUUAAAGUAACUGGAAUUUGACAAAACAGUUCUCCUUUGUUUAAUAAAAUGUGUAAUUCAUUUUUAAAUAUACUAGAUUGUAUUCCAAAUCUGUUCUGUUUUUGUGGUACCUGGCUUGUUCAAAAUAACGUGUAUGUCAGACUUUUAUUUACACAAUAAAAUAUUAGAGAUGAAAUAA